AUGCAGACCCGAGUCCCGCAGCAAGAUGCGACGCAACAGCUGUGCCUAAGAAGCGAGCAAUCGUCUGAUAUCGAAUCGAAUAAGUUACCCAGUCGUUCACCUGACGACAUGCAUCUGUCAAGCAGAGACCCAACUUAUUCAAAUGCCAAUCACGCCAUAGCAGAGAGUGAUGGUGACCGUAAUGAAGCUCUUAGUGAAGAAAAGACUGUAAUUGCGAGCCCAAGAGCUCCCAACAUGCGAAAGAACGUCGUCAGCCCCGUUCUGUUCAUACAAAAAUGGGCACGGACGCAUUUACCCCAGGAUGCGCCAAUAGCUCAGCUACCGAAGAAGCUCGCAGAAGCUACAGUUAAAACGCACUUCCAGCAUAGAUUUAUACCGAACAGUCAUGUCAGGGAUAUUGUCACAGCUGAAGCAGUACGGAUCGAGCUCGAAAAGUCAAACUAUUCAACCUUUCGGAGAAUUCACAAAAACCCAGUUACUACCGAAGACCAUUCAGCAUAUAAGAAAAUCCUUACCAUCUUGUACCUCAUAAAGAAGCCAUCUAAGAUUCGGAUGUUUGUUACCUGUGGUGUCUGCGACAAGGAUCUGCCACUAGUCAUAUACCAAGGCUCGAAUAGACCGCAUUGUUUGCCUGAACUGAGAAGUCGGGACAAUGAUUCGGCCCUCCCUAUUAUAUUCAGAAGACGAGACUACACAGAUGAUUUCUUUCAUAGCCAGUGGAGAGUUCUCGCUCCUGUAUUUGCUAGAGAUGAAGAGGGCCGCGAUCCACGCAUCGUUCUUGAGCCCGAAGUAAUCUUACCUUUCAUCUCUCAUUCCAAAAUCACAGAAGGUGGGUUUAGCAACAUUUACAAGACUGAAAUACACCCUGACCAUCAUAGUCUGGGCACAAAUAGUGGAAAUGUCUUCGCCAUCAAAGAACUGAAGUCAAGUGAUCAGGAAGCAUUUAGUCAAGAAGCUACCGUUCUAGACAGAAUUUCAAACAAGCGACAUGCUCAUAAACAUCUGAUCACUCUAUUAACCACUUUUCAGUACGCCAAAAAGUUUCAUUUCAUAUUCCCAUGGGCGGAUGCUGAUCUUUUUGAAUUCUGGAAACGACACGAAAAGCCACCCAGUGGCGAGAUGAUGGACAUGUGGAUCAUAGAGCAAUGUCGUGGCCUUGCAGAUGCUCUCAACAGUAUACACAGAUAUGCGACAACAUCAGGAACAACAUUGUUCAAUGUCUUCCAUUUGACCGAACAGGUGGACGACGACAAGAAAAAACGACUCAUCCGAACCGACAGUGCGGGCAACGAUCAUCACCUCCGCAGUCUGUUUGGCCGCCACGGAGAUAUCAAGCCAGAAAACAUCCUUUGGUAUCCCUGCGAAAACUCAACGGGAGGUCACGGCGUUCUCAAAAUUGCCGAUUUCGGUGUGGUGCGCUUCAACACGGUGAAUUCCUGGGAAACCCAUAAGACUGGUCGAAUUCCAAACACUCAGACGUAUCGUUCACCUGAGAUGGAUCUCGACGGAAACCCGACUACAGCCUGCGAUGUUUGGGCUUUGGGAUGCGUCUUUCUUGAAUUCGUUACCUGGUAUUGUGGAGGCAACAAAUUGGUAGAAUGGUUUGGCAAGCGGCGUUUGGUCAAGGAUCCGCGGGUUGCAAACAUGGAGACCGACACCUUCUUCAUCCUGUAUAUUGAACAAGGACAGAUAAAAGCCAAAGUGAAGCCUGCUGUUAUCGAAGUAAUCGAAACGCUACAGGCAAAUAAAACCUGCACGCGCGAAUGCAGAGAACUUCUUGACAUGAUCCAGGCAGACAUGUUAGUCGUGCAGCAACAAGAAGCACCCACGAAAGAGGACAAUGAUGUAUCAAGAUCCCAAGAGGCGCUCUUUUCGAGUACACACAAUCGAACGCGGUUGGGUGGUGUUCGAAGAAAGAGCUGCGGAGACAUCUGGCGCAAAAUAGGUGACAUUGAGUCUAUUCGUGACCAAAAAGAAGGAUUAACGCGGUACGACACGUUUGUACCGGCGUCACCUGUUGCCGAGAGUCACUACAUGUGGUCCCCAAAGACUCAACUGGCUAGUGCGAUGAACGCACUUGAGAUAUCUUCAGGCGGAUGAGCAAUCACUUAGCAGUCUCAACAGUCUACGAGCUACUGUAGUUGGCAAUCA